AUGGAGGAAUCCAUUUUAAUUAAAAAUUUUGAUAAGCUUGAUAAUGUGUGUAAUAGUUUAAUAGAUAUUUUAAAAAACUUAAAAGAAUUGUUGUUUCACCUGGACCCUUUAAAUAAAUAUGAACAAGAUAAUGAUGAUUCCUCCUUAUUUUUAGAUAUGAACGAUAGUAAAAAUUAUAUAAUAAUAUUAUCAGAUAUAAUUCAUAAAAAUGUUAAUAAAAUUAUGAUGAUAUUAUAUGAAUUUAUUAAAACUAUACCACCAUCAUAUACAUGCUACAGCUCUUUUUCUUAUAAAGAUUAUGUUAUAUUACAAGAAAUGAAAGAAAUUAAAAAAUAUAAUGAUGAAAACAAUCAAAUUAAAAACGAUAUUAUAUACGAUAGAAAUAAUGUCACCACUUCUAUGGAAUCACACAAUGCAGAUAAUAACCAAUCGAAUAUACACCACCAACAUACAAAUGAUAAUAUAUAUAAUAAUAAUGAUGUUUUUGAAAGAUAUUCAGAGAAUAGUAAUGAUCAUCAUAUAAAUAAUAAUUAUAACAAUAAUAUGUCUCAUGUAAUUAAUCCUCAAAAUAUAAAUGAAUAUUUUUAUUAUUCAUUCCUAAUAGAUAUAGAAUAUUCCAAUUUACUACAUAUGAAAAAAUAUGAAGAACAAAUUAAAGAAUAUUUAAGUUGCAUAAUAUAA